CGUCUGCUCUGAAUACUACGCCGUUAUUGUCGUGCAUGACAGAUGCCAAUGUGACACGAUCGAUUAAACAAUAAAGUAAAAAUUAAACAGUUAAGGUCGAUUGAAGAAACUAAGAGUUACGAAAAAUCUGAUUCGAGAGUUAUAAAACCAAAAAAAAAAAAAAAGAACGAAAGAUGGAUUGCACGGAGGAAGAAGCUGCUAAUGUUGACAGGGUGUUGGAGCAAAAAAAUUUUUAUGAUAUUUUGCAAUUGCCAAGUAGCGCGACGGAUGAUGAAAUUAAAGGAGCUCACAAAAAGAUGGCACUAUUAGUACAUCCAGACAAAAACAACCAUCCAAGAGCCAAAGAAGCAUUCAUCUCUGUGCGGAAGGCUACAGCCAUCUUACUUGACAAAGAAAAAAGGAGAGAAUACGAUUCAUACUUGAGAUCUCCAAGAGGAUUUGCUACGGACAAAUUUGAUUUAUCAGAUGAUGAAAUCGACGUCAUAUUAAUUGGAGCUGGAAUAGCAGGAAUUGUUGGUAUUGCAGCAGGCUUGGUUUCUCUUUAUAACUGGUGGACUGGCUCGAGUAAGAAAAAAGAAGUUAAAUAUGCUAAAUAGAUAAAGAGUUGUUUAAGCAACAAUUAAAUAUAUUUUUAAUUUUCUGCUUGAUACGCGAGAAAUUUUGUCUUCUUCCUAUGGAUGUCUGCAAAUUAACAGUAUUGUUAAAAAAAUUUAUAUUAUAUUUUAAUAACAAUACUGAAAUAAUAAUCAUGUUAACUUUAUCUUCCAUUGAGUAAUGGUAUUGUAUCCAUCUAUUAUUUUACAUUUUUUUAAAAAAAGUAUGUGUGCAUACAUCAUAUGCAUUAUGUAAGUAGAUAAUAAGGAAAUGAACUUGUGAUAGUUGUAAUUCAGAAGCUCUGAGUUCAAUUUGAUUUCUAAGUGUUGCUGUCGUAAGUAUAUAUCUUUAAAUAAGUUUGAGAGAAAAAAGUAAAAUGGAGUAUAAAAAGUAAUGUAAUACAUCUAAAUAACGUUUGUAAUUAAGUUUCCUAGUUGAUGUUUUCGAAGUAGGAUGUCUCUGUUAAACGUAUGAUGAAAUAAAAAAAUAAUAAAUAAUGAUCA